CCCAAUCGCCACUAUUCAGAUCUCAACCACCCACUCAAAAAUUCUUCGUCAUCUACUUCGCGAAAAAUUCUCAAGAACUUGCAAGAACCCUAAGUCUUUAUUUCUCAAAUUUUCACCCAAAUUUCUGAGAAAAUGAAGGUUGUCGGAGCAAAUGUCGACUUCUUGAAGUUAGAAGCCAAGUGCUCCUCAACAACAUUCUUCCAAAGCUAUCUGCAAAUGAUAGCCGCUCAAGAACUCUCCGAAUUUCUUCAAAUGGAGAUUCGCCUCAAAUUCGAGGAAGAAGUUCUCGAAUUCUACAGAAAUGGAGAAAUCAAAACUGCCCAUUCAAAGAAGGACCCACAGAGGACGUUUCCAGUCAUCAAGUCCACUGUUGGAGUCAAAAAUCUGGACUGGAACAUCAUUGGAAUUUCUGGGCGAACUCCUUCUGGCCCUGCGAAGAAUGCAGAUCUAAACAACGAUUAUAAGUUGGUUUUGGAACUGGUUAUCUCUUGCCUCGAGUGUGGAAGUGGAGGAAAGAAGUAUGAAGAAAGAUACUGGCUAUACUAUCUGUCUACAAAAGGGGAAAACAGAGCUGGCACUAGUGCCACUGCUGAGGAAAGCUCUUCCGAUAAUGUCCCACUCAUCCAUAUGACGAAGACUGCCAAAAGGAAGCAAGUGGUGUCUCCCUCCAUCAGCAUUGAAGCACCACAGAACCUUGCGUUGAUCAAUUUGGAAGAAGAAGAAGAAGUCUCUGACCAUGGAGAACUUCAAAGAAAGAAAAAGAGGAAGAUCAACUCUCCAUCAACAUCUGGAAAUGUCAAUCCAGAUGAGUUGAAGGAGAAUGAACCUGCUAAGGAAACCCCUGUCCACAACCGAAGCCCUCAACAACUUGAAGAAGAAAUUCCUCAAGUCCAAAGCCUUCCAACUUCAUCACCUCAACCUCAACCAGAUGAUGCUGAAAACAAAUUCUUGCAGCUCUACUAUAAUUGGAGAGCUUGGAAAGUUGGAAAUUCAGCAGAGCAAUUGUUGGAUUGGGAGCAACAACUGAAGAAUGAGAAGAUUAUCAAGAAAUGCCUAGGACUACCAGUCAACCACUGCUGUGAAGACAUCUUGGAUGACUACUGGGUAUGGCAAAGGAACAAUGAAGAUCUGCAUCUGGAACACUUGGCCACUACACCAGUUUCAGACUUUGAAGCAGAUGAUGAAGAUAUUGCAGUCUACAAGCCAGUCUUCUCAAAAGCCACAGAAGAUCAAGUGGUUCUCACUUCUGAAGAACAGGCUGAUUUGGAAGCAACAGCUGAGGAUUUCCAAAUCUUUCCAGGAACGUCACCUGCCUUUGAAACGGUUCUGACUGAAGCUGUUCAACAACUGAUCCAAUCUCAAGUUUUAGAGAUUCUCACAACUCCUUGUGAGAUCUCCAAUCCUACUGAAACUGAGAUCCCGGAGAGAUCACUGAUGAAGAAGAUGUACAAGAAGAUGCUGAAUCUCUUCCUAUGCAACUAUUCCAAAGAACACCNGCAAACUGUAGAAGCGCAAAGGAAUUCUGGAGAAGCUGAGAAGGAAACUCAAAUGGCAGAACUAGAGGUCUCUAAAACUCCAAUAGCCAUUUUUGAAGCACAGAAUGAAGCUGAAGAAAGAGACUCUCUCUCUAGGGAUAUAUCAAAUUUUAUACUUGAUGAAGUAGAGGAAGGAUCUGAGAGAACACUGAAGAUCACUGAUGAAGAAGAUGUACAAGAAGAUGCUGAAUCUCUUCCUAUGCAACUAUUCCAAAGAACACCAUCCUCUCAUCAGGUAACCAACUUCCAUUUUCAUAGCUCUUCCAUUCCUACACUUCCGGAUGAAGUACAGAAAAUCUGGACAAAGAAAGUCCAAGGGCUGAUUGAAUCAGCCCUAGCAUCUCAACAUGCCUCCUUUAGGCAAGAGAUAGAGCAAAUGGAAGCCAGGUACACCAAGCUGAUAGAGAAAUCUGAAGAGAAGCGCAACACAGAUCUCAAGGAAAUAAGCAAAUCAGUAGAAAAGACUCUAGAGAUCAUCUCUCUAUUGAGUAAAACUAUGAGCAACACGAUGGAGAUAUAUGCCUCUGACAGUCAGCUUCAACUCAAGGAGAUUAACAAAGUCAAAGAGCAAAUAGCAAGUGUCACAAUUAGUCUUCAAAAACAGAUGUCCCUUCUCCAAAUGGACAUCAGAUCAGCCCUAGCAGUAGCUUCUGCAAAUCAGGUAGUAACCAAAGAUUACUUAAAAGUGAUCAUUGACAAUCAAAAGGAAGCAUACAAGCUGUUCAGACUUAUUGGUGCAAACUCUGGAAACCACAAGAUGGAAGUAAUUCUCCAACAACACAGUCCAUCUCCAAUACCACAGCUCCCUAUUGCAAUCAAAGAAGGAGAAGUAUCUUAUAUUCCUUCUCAUCUGAACUUGACAAAUCUAAUCCUUGAAGCACAGCAGAGAAAUCCGGAAAACUCAGCACAACUUCUAUCCAGCUCAGGACUGGAUGGAACAGAAGUUAUAGGUACAGUUGUUGACCACUUCUCAAAUGAUGCUCAAUCAGAAGAAAGACGUGAAAAUUUAAGACACAUCAAAGAACUGUGUGGGAACAUGAAGGGCAUUAGUGAAGUUGCCGGAUCUUCAAAGCGCAAGAGACACUGAAGGUUCUUUACAUCAAAACAGGGGGAAAGUAUGUGAAAACACUAAUUUGUUUUGAUGAAAACACCUUCUUGUUUAAACAUUUCUUGAUUGGUUUUAAAUUGCGCUUAUUAUGCUUAAUUAUGCAUACAUUUAGGGGGAAUGUAAUUCAGGGGGAAACUUAACUAGUUUUGGCUAACAAUUUUUUUUGGCAAUGAAUUAUUGAUAAGCUC